AUGUAUUAAAUACCUCAAAUUCCAGAAUAUUUAUAACCUGAUGUAUUUGAGGAUUUGAUUUUUUAAUAUUUUAUUUAAUUACUUUUCGAUAUCAGUUACAUGUUGAACAGUAAGAGAGCACGUUGGAUAUUCCAAACGAUAGCUGACUCAUUUAGGCUGAAGGAUGGACAAGCGGUGUAGGACCUCUUAAAGGACAAGGGUAAACUUGAGAAAUUCUUAGAAGGAACGGGUCCUUCAAAGAUAAUUAUUUACUACCAGAUAUAGGACAACUAGCAAGCAGAUGAUAUGAAGGAGAAUCAAAAUGAGCCAUCUCUUUUUAUUUAAUUUGGGGAUCAAGAAAAAAUCAAGGACAAAGCUAUUUGGUUUUUAAGAAUGUAAGUAUUUAUAUUCAUUUGUCAUUCUUUCAUCAUCCUUAUAUUUAAAAAUUAAAUCUUUAUGAAUUUUAUAUAGGACUCCAGAGGGAAAGAGCGCUUCAUUUGGGGAGAAGUUACACCAUCAUCAAUUUCUCAAUUGCACACAGUGAUGGAAAAUGUGUAUUAUCCAUUAAUAAUAAACAUGAUGGAUGAGAAGGAGUGGGGACAAUGUGACGAAGAAUCUUUGAAGGAAUUCCAUACUCACACAAAGAAAUUCUCUUAGGAAGUAUCUGAGGCAGUUAAAUUAAUGAGACCUGGAUAAGAAUUAUUCAAAUUUGAUCCUGAAGAGGUUUAAAAAUAUGUUAAUUCAAAUAACGAAUAAGAGAGAAACCAAUUUUAUGAAAGAAAGUUUGCCCAAUGGAUUGCAAUCAUCAAUAAUAAAUUAGCCGAAGAUCAAAAUCCAAAGAAGGACAGUCCAGACGCAGGUCCAGAAGUGGAGUUGAAUUAUUGGAAAACAAGAAUGUAAGAAAUCACUAACUGGUCUGAAUAAUUAAAGGGCAAAGACUUUGUGACUGUAAAAACUACACUCCAAAGAAGCAAAUAACAUGAUAAAUCCUCAAAUAGAGGAGAAGAGAACAUCAAUAAACUUAUCAUGGAAUAUAGUAGACUUGAUCUUUUGUUGACUGAUAAGUUAAAUGAAGCCAAGGACAAUGUGAAGUACUUGUCAACUUUGGAAAAGUUCCUUGAUCCAUUGUACAAAGGAACUCCUCAAUAAAUUAUUGACACAUUACCAGCACUUAUGAAUGCUAUUAAGAUGAUUCAUACUAUUGCUAGAUUUUAUAACACUAAUGACAAAAUGACUGGCUUGUUUGUCAAAAUUACUAAUCAAAUGAUUAAGAACUGCAAAGAGAGAAUAUUAAAUGGAGGAAAGAAUUAAGAAAUUUGGAAUAGAGAUCCAUCUGAAUUAAAUGAAGUUCUUAGACAAUGCAUACAACUCAAUAGAGAAUACAAGGAUAGUUAUAAAGAAACUAAGGAGAAAGUGGCUGAUAUGCCCAAAGGUAAAACAUUCGAUUUCCCAGAAACUCAGAUAUUUGGUAAAUUUGAUACUUUUGUAAGAAGAUUGGUUAAAUUAAUUGACAUAUUCUAAAAUAUCUAAUAAUUCUAGGCUUUGGCUAAACAUAACCUAGAAGGUAUGGAAUAAUUGACUGCUAAAUUUAAUUAAAUCAUUAAGGAUUUCAAAGCCAAAAAUCAUGAUUUGUUAGACACAAACAGUAAUAAAUUUGAUAGAGAUUGGGUUGAAUUCAAUGUUGAAAUCUCCCAUUUGGAUAUGUAAUUACAAUCAUUCAUUGAUAAUAAUUUCAAUAGAUUGAGAACUAUUGAAUAUUCACUUAAAUUAUUGAAGAAAUUUGAAUAAACAAUCAAGAGAGAUCAAUUGAAAAAUUCAUUGGUAUCUAAAUAUAAUACAAUAUUGCACAACUAUGCAACAGAAUUAGACAAGAUAUAACGUAUAUUCACUGAUCAGAAAUCAAGUCCUCCUAUUGUUAGAAAUAUACCACCUGAGGCUGGUAAGAUCAUUUGGGCUAGACAUCUAUUUCUAAAAAUUACAGGGCCUAUUACUAAAUUCCCUGAAAAUGCAAUUGACUAAGGAGAAUUGAAAAAAUAUUAUGGUGGAUAUAACACUUUGGGUAAAUAAUUGACAAUCUAUGAAAUGUGGUAUUAUUAGAAUUGGUCAAAUGAAAUUGAAAGAAGUAAGGCUGCAUUAUAAGCCACUUUGAUUGUAAGACAUGAUGAAAACAAAAAAUUAUAUGUUAAUUUUGAUAUUGAAAUAAUGCAAUUAAUUAGAGAAGCUAAAGUAUUAGAUAGAUAAGGAAUUGAAAUUCCAGAAAGUGCAAGAAUCAUUCUUUUAUAAGAAGAUAAAUUUAAGAUGUAUUACAAUGAAUUACUUUAUGUUCUGAAAGAAUAUGAAAGAAUUAUUUCAAAAAUAAAGCCAAUUUGCAAAACAUUGAUUGGUCCACAUGUUGAAGAUUUAGAAUUGAAAUUUGAGACCUGGUAUGGUUACAUUGACUUGGACAUCAAUGAAUAUUGA